CACUUUUUUUUUUUUUUUUUGUCUUGGAACAUGUUUUGGGUGUGUUUUAAACAUGUAUUUAUUUUGAAAAUACAAGAAGUUACAUUUUCCAAACGUAUAAUUUUAAUACAUAUUUAAGUGAAAAACACUUAAAAAUCAUUAUGUACUGUAAUACUAACACUUCACGGGUGUUCAUUCUCUACUUUUUCUUUUCUUUUUGUUCUUUUUAACAUGGCAAUCUAUAUACCUCAAGAAAUUCUCACUACUGGGCCUUCACUUGUGCAUGUAUUUCUUCACUGUCCUAAGCUGCCUGCAUAUACAACAAUCAUGCCUUCUCUUUCUUCUUCUUCUUCCACUUGCACUUUCUUGCUUAGUUUCUUAUUUGCUCUAACCGCCUCAAAUUGUGCAGCCAGAGAAAUCAACAGUACUAGCACCCGACGCCAAUUAUCUGUCGAUUACUAUGCAAAAACAUGCCCUCAACUUGAGCAACUUGUUGGUUCAGUCACUUCCCAGCAGUUCAAAGAAGCACCAGUUUCUGGGCCAGCCACCGUUCGCCUAUUCUUCCAUGACUGCUUUGUACAAGGCUGUGAUGCAUCAAUAUUGAUAUCAACAACGCCUGGAAGUAAAGUGUUGGCAGAGAAGGAUGCAGAGGACAAUCAGGACUUAAGGGUAGAGGGAUUUCAGACUAUAAGCAAGGCCAAGGCCUUGGUGGAGAGCAAGUGCCCUGGUGUUGUUUCUAGUGCAGAUAUUCUUGCAAUUGCGGCCAGAGAUUAUGUCCACCUUGCAGGAGGUCCUUAUUACCAAGUAAAGAAAGGAAGGUGGGAUGGAAAUAUAUCAAUGGCGUCAAGAGUACCUUACAACAUUCCUAGGGCAAAUUUCACAGUUGAUCAACAACUAAAACUCUUCAACUCCAAAGGACUGACACUUGAGGACCUCGUUGUUCUUUCUGGUGCUCAUACAUUUGGAUUUGCACACUGUAAGCAAUUUGUUAGCCGACUCUACAACUACCGUGGCACUAAGCAGCCUGAUCCUGACAUGGAUCCAAGGCUACUAAAGGCUCUCAGAAUGUCCUGCCCACAAUUCGGUGGGAAUUCAGACACUGUUGCUCCUUUCGAUGUGACCACUCCAUUUUUGUUUGAUCAUGCUUAUUAUGGGAAUUUGGAGGCUAAAUUGGGCUUGUUGGCCUCAGACCAAGCUCUAUUUUUGGACCCAAGAACUAUGCCCUUGGUUCUACAACUAGGAAAGGAUAAGCAUAAAUUCUUCCAAGCAUUUGCAGCAGCCAUGGAAAAGAUGGGUUCUAUAGGAGUGGAAAGGGGAACAUGACAGGGAGAGACUAGGAGAGAAUUUAAUAUACAUACAUGAUUAGAUUUAUUUAUUUUUCUUUCUACCUCUUCUUUUUUCUAUUUGGAGGUAGAUUUGGAUAAAAUUCAUAAAUUAUCAAAAGUGAUAGCAAUAUAUCCACCUUAAAUUUCUCUCC